CUCGCACAUACAUGUAAUUACACAAAAUAGUAGUGACUUUUUUUGUAAAUUCUCGACCCUCUGGUGGUCGGGUAGGGCUUCCGUUGUCACUAAAAUGGCGGGAAGAACAAAUUUGGCGGGAAGAACUAUCCCUACUUAUGAGCAUUUAGCGCGCCAAGCCGUUCCAUAGUCUCAACCUCCACGAGUCUCCGAGAGAGUUACCGCAGAGAAAAAUAACAAUCAUAGCGGAAAUGGUCGGACCAACUUACGAUUGCUUGGCAAACCCUCUCGGAGCUGUCCGAUUGACAUUCGAUAAGGCGAUCGGGUCCGGUUUGCACCCUUCUUCCUUCGAUGGCAAGGAUUGGGGCGCCGUCGACCUCUUCCGUAACUUCCUCUUCGACCAAUCCCACCUUUCCCAGGUUCCCAUUCUUAAUCCUGCAACUGUAAGAUUGGUUCAACCCAACACGCUAGUCAGAUUCCGGGGAAUGAUACAAGACAUGUUGGGAAAUGAAUUCUAUGUUGGUGCUUACAAGGAUGAUUCAGUUUGGAGGACGAACAAGUUCAAGGAUUUUUCUCAACAUCCUAUGGGCUCUUCGCCAGAUAUGCGUGUUUGGGAGCGUAGAUUGUUGUACUGUGUUCCAGUCCCAGGACUAAAUUCGUGGGCUGAAUCUGCUUCUAAGAUAGCCAUUGAUAAGUACAUGAAUUGGACAUCUCAACAGAGAGAUAAGCGUGGUAGAGAGGACUUUGAAGCUAUGGAUUACAAGGUUUCCUGUGAUGAGUUUGAAGGUACUCCAAGUGCAAAAAAGAUGAGGGAGGAUGGGCAUCCUUCUUCAUCUUCAAAGUCUCAAGACUAUAAUGCAGAAUGUGCAUAUUCUAGUUCAAUUGCUGUACCUGAUAUUGAUGAAGAUUCUUUUCCUUGUCUAGUAAAGAUAUAUGAUUCUCCUGAGUGUGAAUUGAAGCUGAAUGAUGUUUUUGAAUUUGUGGGGGUUCUGACUUUUGAUUCAGAGCCUGCAGUGGAGAAGGAUGAUCACGAUGGGUUCUCUAAUGACUAUAGUGAUGAUAUGUUGGUCCAUUUGCCACCCAACAAGGUGCCACGUCUUCAUUGUAUUAUUCAUCAGAAGCUUGCAGUUUGUGACUUUCUGUGCAAUUCUCCCAUAAUUGAGCCAAAGCCCCAUUUGGUCAAAGAAGUGAGAGAAGCUCUGUUGAGGUAUCUAACAGCUAUUCUUGGCAAUGAUGGGGUGGCAGCCCAUUUCAUGUUGUUGCAUCUCCUGUCCAGGGUGCAUGCCAGGGUGGACAAUGUUGCAGUUGGGAAGCUUUCAUUAAAUCUCACUUGUUUGAACAAAGAGAGCAUUUCCAUAUUUGGCAAUCAACUUAAUGAUGCUGUCGAGAACCUUCUACCAUUUACAAAAUGCAUGCCCCUUACUGUGGAAUAUCUUAACAGGAGUUCUCUUGCCCCAAAAAAAGAUUAUCAGAGUAACAGAUUGACACCUGCAGCUCUUCAGCUUGCUGAGGGCUCACACUUGAUGAUUGAUGAGACUAAAUUGGAAGCAGGAACUCUCAAUUCUGUCGGGGUUGACAAUGCGAGAUUGCUAAAAAAUUUGAUAGAGUUCCAAAAGGUUGAGUAUGACUUCACAUUCUAUAAGAUGGAAAUGGCAGCCGAUGUCCAAUUGCUUAUAUUAUCUGAGGGGAAAUCAAACAUCUUGCCAGCUGAUGUAAUCGUACCCUUCCAGCCUUCAUUGGUGGGUUCCUCAGAAGUUGUGGCUGCAGAAGUCCUGGAAGCUUGGAGAUGGUACUUGGCCACUGUCAGAUCAUUGCCACAUUCUAUUGAGUCCGAAAUGCAGAAGGUGGUAGAAAAUGACCUGGUUGCUGCAAGGCAGGCAGAUCGAAGUUUAGGCAGCCAAGAUUUUAGUAGAUGGCUGACAAUGGGCCGCUUAAUAUCUGCAAGUUUUGGUGAGACCUCAUUGUCGCUCGAGCAUUGGCAAAUGGUAAAGGAAUUGGAAAGGCAAAGGAUGGAGAGACUCAAGUGAAAUCAUUCUGUAUUUAAUGACAUGUACAAUUUAAUUCAACUCAACCUGUAAAACUACAGUCCAAUGUUUAUAAUGAAUCAUGUCGUUUUCUGGUGCUUCUCUGCAAA